ACUUGCAAGAAACUAUCGACUCCGCCACAUAAAUCUCUGUCCUCAUCUCACGCUGAGCGGAAGUUAUAGCACAGAGAGAUGGGUCUCAUUCUGGGGAAGAUCUCGGUGGAGACGCCCAAGUAUGAAGUCAUCCACGCUUGCCCAGACUAUGAGAUCAGGAAGUACUCCCCUCGGGUGGUGGCUGAGGUCACCUACGACCCCUCCAAGCUCCGCGGCGACCCUGACGGCGGUUUCAUGAUCCUUGCCAACUACAUCGGCGCCCUCGGCAAGCCGCAGAACGUCCGCCCCGAGAAGAUCGCCAUGACCGCCCCCGUCAUCACCAAAGCCGGCCCCGAGAAGAUCGCCAUGACCGCGCCCGUCAUCACCAACGUCGCCGGCGAGGGCAAGGAAGUGACCAUGCAAUUCGUGCUGCCGUCCAAGUACUCGCGGGCGGAGGAGGCGCCGGCCCCGGUGGACGAACGGGUCGUGGUGAGGGACGAGGGGGAGGCCAAGUUCGGGGUGGUGAGGUUUAGCGGGUUGACCACCGACCAGGCGGUGGCGGAGAGGGUGGAGCAGCUGAGGCGGUGCCUGGAGCGUGACGGGCACAAGGUGGUGGGGGACUUCCUCCUCGCCAGGUACAACCCGCCCUGGACGCUGCCUUUCCUGCGCACCAACGAAGUCAUGCUUCCCAUCGAGUAGCAGCAGCAGUAGUAGUAUGCCGUACAUUCGCUGCUUCCUCUCCUAUGUAUGGUGUGAAAUGUCGCAGGGUGCCAUAUGUAACGCGGUGUGGAUGUUCUGUGCCUGCAUCUUAAUGUCGAGCACUAUCGAUUACAUAUAACUUAGACUCUUCCACGUUUCGUCGAAUA